CGUCGAAGCAUCGUGCUUUAAAGAUGGCCGCCAGUGGCGCCAGUUGAGAGGUGCGCAGUGGAUGCUGGUGGAUGCGGUGUGUGCAGUGUGCGGUACGGUUAUACAUACGCUUUCGUCUCUCGUCGACGAAUAUUCGCGUCGAUCCGCGGUAGUGUCGAAGACGAUAAAAGCCCCCGGUUCUACGUGAAAUCACGAGUGCACCGAGUGUUCGAGGAGGGAAGACGAUCAGGAGGAUGGGCCGGUCGCGCUCCCGAACGAAAUCGCCGAGCAGACGGCGUCACAAGAGCAAGCACUCGCGCAAGCGGUCCAAGUCGCGCGAGAAGCACUCCAACAACAAGUACUCGGACAAGCCGAAGGAGCGCAGCUCCAAGUCCAGGAAACGAUCCCAUUCCGCGUCGUCCAGCACCGGUUCGGACGCGUCGGACGAUGUGCACAUCGUCAGUCACAAGAAACGUUCGUACAGGGACAGGGAUCGAAAGAUGGACGAGGUGGAGAGGCUGGCGGAAAUGGAGCGGCAAAGGAAAAAGAAAGAAUUAAUGAACAAAAUCUUCACCACGAGCACAGUUGGUGUUCUGGAGGAAGAUCGCUGCUUAUCUGUCUGCAGACGUCAGCGCGAGGUGGAGCAGAAGAUGGUGGAGGAAGAAGCGGCCAAACGGAUAGAGGAACUUGUACAAAAGAGGGUGGAAGAGGAGCUCGAGAAGCGUAAGGAGGAAAUUGACGCCGAGGUGCAGAGGCGGGUGGAGGAAGCCAAGAGGGCUAUGGAGCGUCAAAUGAUGGAGGAGAUGGAAUGGCGGCAAGCGAAACUACGGGAGGAGGAGAAACGAAGAGAGGAGGAAGAGCGGAAGAAGCGUGAGGAACUAGAGAGGAUUAUGGAGGAGAACAACAGAAAGAUAGAGGAGGCUCAGAAGAAAUUGGCUGAGGAAAGAUUGGCCAUGGUUGAGGAGCAACGGUUAAUGGAAGAAGAGAGGCAAAAGAUGAGGAAGGAGCACGAGAAGCGCGUCAAGGAGGAGCAAAAGAGGAUCUUAGGCAAGAAUAAUUCGAGGCCUAAGUUAUCCUUUACCCUAAAAUCGGUUACGUAAGUUUAGUAUUGUUUCAUGCAGUGUUUUUACAUGUGAUAUGUACACACGAAAUCUUGUCAGCUUUCGUACUUGAUUCGCGAGAAACAGUUAUAGACUGUAUCUAUGUAGGAGGUAUAUACAUAGGUACAUAGAUAAGUGCAGUAACAUAAGACACAAAGCUCACCCUAAUGUAUUCAAAGCGAUCGUUGAAAUCGAACAAGAUUGAUUAAUUUUAUUUGAUUAAUGAUGAUAUGAUGCAUCAAAAUUAAAUAAUCAAUUCUCAUCUUGCGAGAUUUCAACGCAGAUACAGAUGGGAUGUUACGUGAGACUAUGCUGACAUCAGUAUGAGUGAAAUUGUAAGUCUUUUUUUAAUGUACAAAAAUUAUUACAAUGGUCAUGUUAGUGCUUUCAAUUUAUCAAACAACUUGUGAUUUUAUACAUUAUAUAUAUAUUUUUUCAUUUUGUCUGAUGUAAGCAUACUCUAGCCCGUUUGUGUUCUAUGAUUUAUACAUACGCUAUUUGUACAUCGCAGGUCCUCUGUUAUAAUACGAUAUACAAAAGUCGAUUUUAUUUCAGCGAAAAUCGUAUCACAUUAGAUCAUGUUGCAUUAAUAGAUAAAUUGUUUAUACUGUUAAAUUGGCCGAAUGGAAGAUUUAUUGUAGAACCAUCACAUUAUUUCCCCCCUUUUUUUAACAGUUGUUUUUCACGAACAAAUUCCAAAUAUGAUGACGAAUAUUAACGAUGAUUUUCUUGAAAGUACUGUAAAAAAAAACCGGAUAGCUACUUCAUACAAUUACGUUAUAUGAUUAUACACUAUCUAAAUACUACCUACAUUAUUUCGAUCUGAUGCAGAGUAUAUUUAUUCUGCAAAACGGUAAAAUGGGACGAUAUGUUUUACGACAAAGAAAUCAAAUUAACUGAAAUAACGAUGUAAAAAAAAAAUAUUGCAAAACGUUAGAUGAUUUUGUACGUAUAGUAAUGAAUAAUGAAUGUGGAAGCGCGUGAGAAGCGUAACAUAAUCCUAUCUACAUUAACCGUGUAUAAUAAUGUGUAACGCAUUGCUCCGCAAAGAGAAGAACUUUUUGUCUAUAUAGGAUUGUAUACCUACAGCAUUGUUACUUGUAACAUAAAUACAUUUUUAAUAAAAA